GAGCUGGACGACGAGGCAGAUAAGUAGAUGGGCAUAUCUCUCGCUGUGAGUUGGUUUGCGCGCUGCCAUCCUCCAUCACUACCUCCUCCUUAUCGUCCUCCUCAUCGUCUGUUACCAUGAAGGCUGUCCUCGCUGCCGUUCUCUCCUCCGCCAUCGCGGUCGUCGCCAUCCCCCCGGGCAUCCCCAGCGAGUCGACUGCGCGCUCCCUCCUGAGCAGCCUGACGGUGGCCCCGACCGUCAACGACGGCACCUAUGACCGCGACCUGUUCCCUCACUGGUCCGCGGUCGAGGGCAACUGCAACGCACGCGAGUUCGUGCUCCGCCGCGACGGCGACGGCGUAACGGUGGGCAACGACUGCUACCCUACCGCCGGCACCUGGACGUGCCCCUUUGACGGCGAGACGCACAGCGUGCCCAGUGAUGUGUCCAUUGAUCACCUUGUGCCCCUGCACAACGCGUGGAUGACUGGUGCCUCUGAAUGGACCACAGCGGAACGCGAGGCCUUUGCCAACGACGUGGACGGUCCCCAGCUGUGGGCUGUCACCGGCACGACCAACUCGCAAAAGGGGUCGGAUGCGCCCGACGAGUGGCAGCCUCCCCAGACAAACAUCCACUGCAAGUAUGCGGCCGCGUGGAUCCAGGUGAAGAGUACUUAUGACCUGACUGUGAGCUCGUCGGAGCAGGCUGCUCUGGAGGAGAUGCUGGGUCGGUGCUGAGCGAUGGUGGUGGUGAUGGUGGUGGUGACAUGACGUCUGAAUCGGGACAGUGUUUGUUUCUGCGAUCUCCUGUUUCAAUGACAUACCCAUGAUCCUUUUUUUUUUUCGAUGUUGUGUCAUCUUGGCGAAACUUGAU